AUGCCAAAUAAAUUUUAUGCCAAAAUUGGUUUAAAUUCUGAACUGCCAUGCGUAAUUAUGUUUGGUAUGGCAUUUAUGUUUGUAUUUGCUGGCUUUGAUACCCAAGCAUAUAUCACUGAAACGGCUUUACAAUCUGUAUCAAACGCAUAUCCCGAUCGAAUAUCUGCCCAUGCUGGAUAUUACGGGAUGUGUAUAACCUAUUUUACUUUUACGUUAUCAACGUUUAUUACGCCACUUGUGGUGAGCUAUUUGAGCGCUAAAUGGACAAUGUUCUUAGCAAGUGUACUGUAUUCAACAUUUAUGGUUACAUUCAUGCUUGUCAACAGCUAUGUCUUUUAUAUUGCAUCUGCUUUAAUGGGUUUAGCAGCUGCUCUUAUUUGGACCGGUCAUGGUGUUUACAUGAAAGAAAUAACAACGUUUGGCAAUGAAUCACGAAAUAGCGGUCUUCAUUGGGGUAUCAAUUUUAUUAGUCUCAUCUUCGGUGGCCUUCUCUUACUUAUAAUAUUUAAUGAAACUGGUGAAGCAGAAACGAUAUCAUUGGAACUAAUUAGAUAUAUUUUUGGUGGAUUAUCAGCGUUUACAAUAUUAUCGAACAUUUUAUUCGCAUUGCUACCCAAUCACUCCAAUCAGUCAAUAACGAAACGUGACAGUUUCUUAACAACCAUAAGAAAAAGUGUACGGUUGCUUACCGACAUAAAAGUAUAUUUAUUAGCCAUAUGUUUCAUGUUUAUGGGUUUAUCAUUAUCACUUUACAUAACCAUUUAUCCUUCAUGUUUAUCAUUUUCAAAAUCAGUCAUCGGUUUUGGUAAUGAAAUUAUUGCAUAUUAUGCAUUUAUUACUUCAGCAUCACAAAUUUCUGGUGGCUGUUUUAUCAGUUUUUUAAGCAAACGAAUCAAGAACUUUGGAUAUAUGCCAACAAUGCUAAUUGCACUACCAUUAUAUCUGUUAGCUUUUUUGGGUGUUUGUUUGGCUUUUCCGAAGAAUGCAAAUUUGAAACCAACAAAUGGUGCUACUUAUUUAUCACCAAGUCUUUCCAUAUGGCUUAUCAUUGGAAUGUUGAUAUGCAUCGGUGAUAGUUGCUGGAAUACGUUACGAACAGCUGUGCUCACAAAAAUGUAUGAUCGUGAAAGUUCAUCACAAAUUUUUGCAUUAAGUAAAUUUUUUCAGUCGACAACAACAUGCGCAUCAUUUUUCUAUUCAUCAAUAUUGGAUUUGCAUACUCAAAUGAUAAUUUUGGCUGUCAGUCUAAUUGCCGCAUCAAUAUGUUUUACAAUUGCUUGGAAGAUACAUUUGCGAGAAAUUGAAAUUGCUGCCUCUGCUAAACAUACUACUUCUAUUUCAAUUGUAUGCGGAAAUAACAACCCAUGA